AAAAGGAUCCAAAAUACCAAACUUUUGGUUUUUGUGAACACCAAUGUCCAUGCUGUGCGGUGUAUAUUUAAAGGGUCAAGGAUUCUCAAUAUUCCAAUCCAUUGAAAAAAAAAGGAAAGGUUUUAAAUACGGUGGAAACUGGAGGUGGACAUACAGCAAUAUUGUGGCUUCUUUACAAGGAAGACCUCAGCACCCUUUCCCCCAGCAAGGGCCAUCCUGAAGGGGGAUUUAGGGUUGGGGUGACUCAUCUGCAAGAGCAGCACAGUCUGUAAUUUUCCUCAGCUUUUAACAAGGCUGGGAAAACUUGCUGCACGCCAUUCUGGACUCUCCGACUCCAGAAAGAUGUCAACAAAGUGGAAGGUAUUGGACGGGACCGGCGCAGAAACGAUUUACUGAAAAAUCUUUGUAGUCGUAAAAUUCUUUCCUGAGCAAGAGAGAGAGAGAAAGCGUAAGGACUUGGCGUAAUCUCCGUGUUGAGGACUGUCAGACUAACGCGAUGGCUCAGCCAGUUCCAGUUCAAGCCGGAAAUGUUUUCGUAUUUUUCUCGUCUUUCGUUCCAAGCCUAGGGGCUUACAUGCAUGCUGGAGUAGGGGCUGAUGGGAGAGGGAUGAAGACCGUCAAAGCACUUCUACUGCCCCAACCCCAUUUUCCAGCUUCACGUUUCAUCAGCAAUAUUCGACUGUAGUAUCAAAGUUUCUAGGCGAGCCUCCUGGCCUGCGAGGGACUGUCCGGUGUUUGCCUGGUGCCAACAGUUGCCAGCAAGAAGAUGAUGCCGAAGCAAAGCUCUAAGCAGGUGGAGAACGGGGAGAGAGGGGGUGCACCGGACAUGCUGAGUCAUCGCAAGGAGAGUGAGAAAUCACGUAGUCGGAAGGAAGAAGAAACAGCAGAAGGGUCUCCUCCUAAAAAAUCCCUUAAAAAGGCAGGUAAUGGUGAUAGAGCAGAAUGGAUCCUUCCAGGUCCGGAUUCCCAAGAAUUUUAUUUGCGAGCACUGUUUUGGAGCGUUCCGGAGCAGUUACCACCUCAAGAGACAUAUCCUUAUUCAUACUGCAUAGGAGUUACAGCUCUGGAAAUAAUUAGCUGCUCCCUCCUCUCUGUUAAAGGAGAGAAACCUUUUGAGUGUGACGUCUGUGACAUGCGCUUCAUCCAGAAGUACCAUCUGGAGCGCCACAAACGUGUCCACAGUGGAGAGAAGCCAUAUCAGUGUGAACGCUGCUUGCAGAGCUUCUCCAGGACAGACCGGUUGCUGAGACACAAACGAAUGUGCCAGGGCUGCCCCAGCAAAGCAUCUGACUCCCAGCUACUGCUUUAGGGUUGGGCCAUAGAAGAGGCUUUUAAGAAGCUGCUGGGAAGUCCACCAGAGGCUCUGGGAGUGGGCUUGUUCACCUGCUUGUGUUUUGUGCCCGAGUUUGCUUGCUGAGCCUACUCCUGUGGAAGGAGCAGAGCUGAGUGGGCACAGACUUCAACUAUGGUCUUGACACUGUAAAUACAUGGAGGACGAAGCAGGGCUGGCUCCCAGCCAUUGGGAAGCUCACUGCAGUUGUGGAUAAACAUUGCCGGGGUGCGCUUUCUGUUUCUGUUUUAGUUCGUCUUCUUUUUUUUUCUUUUUUUUCUUUCUUUUUUUUGAAAUUAUCACCAUUUGCCUCAGGAAAGGCUUUGAAAGCAUUGCGGGGGGGCCUUCCGCGAGCCAUUCCAACCAGAUCCGGUGCUCUCCAUUAACAGAUGAUCUGCCAGCUGGCCUGAUAUUUGGGCUUGCAAAAAAAAAAAAAAGUGGAAGGACAACAGGCAAAUAUUUUAUGAGAAACAGUGAUCACCGCCAGUCAAGCAGUGAACUUUUUUUUGCGGAGCUGAUCCUGGCAGGAUACUGUGGCCUGGGAUCACAGGAGUCUGUCUCAUUUACACUAGGCCGUAAGGCCUACAGGACUUUCCCUCCCCCACCCCCACCCCUUUCCGUGCUAUUCCCUUUAACAGUGAUUUGUGGUCUCGACUUUCAGGUUUCAAGAAACAAGGGCUGCAGAAGGUGACAAAUGCUCUUGGGUCAACCUAGAAGUCUACCUUAGAUGUGUUCCAUUUAUUGAGAUCCAGUUGAUAUUCAGCUGGCUGGAAGGCUCUGUUUUCCUCCCGGGAGAGGAAGAUAACUUGCGUGUGGUCCCUUCGCUUUCCCUUGUAAAUAGCCAUCCAUUCAGGAUGUACCUGUUACAUAUCUCUUCAUGCGGAAUCCAGAGCUUUCUUAGGUGGCAAUCCUGUUUUCCUAAAUACAUGAAAAGCCAGCUCUGGCCCAUGGGCACCUAUCUCCUAAACUUGAUACUGAAGAACUGCAGCCUCUGUGGGGGAGGGACUUUGGCCUCUUGAUAUGUCUCUUGGAAUAAAAUACUGGAGGACUAAAGGUCAGCAUUCCCAUGCACCAUGAAUUCUGAUUGCUCCUGGGCUGCUUCGUUGACGUUUGAAAAAGAGGCUUGUUGCCAAUAUGCAAAUUUUUAUAUGUGCUAUUAUUUCAAUUUUAGUUGCAACAGGCAGUGGCAAGUUUGCAAGGGGAAAAAAAGGAACCCUCCCAAGUCCUUUGUUCCUCACUGUCGCAUUUACCGUGAUCUUUCUAGAGGGCAAGUAAUAAUUUGUCUGUGAGACUGGAAUUUACUUGUUAGGGACAAGCGCCUCCAUCUGAACGAUAGAUACAAAUCUCAUUUGUGCUUCAAAUACAUCUCUCCCUGAGUUAACUUCUGAGUUCGCCAGAGCACCUUGCUUUAAGCCAGGUUUUAACCAAGGGCUGUGUUGGUGGAGAAAUGGUGGUCUUUGUUUGGUCGAGCUGGAGAGGUUCGUUCUUGAGGGCCUGCAUUUCAGCCUAUGCAACUAGAAAAGUUUUAUAAUCAGAGAUGGGAUACUUUAGAUGAGCGUUUUUCAAACUUGACAACUUCAAAAGGUGUGAGCUUAACUCCCAGAUGUGUGGCUGGGAAAUUCUGGGAGCUGAUCUUAAAAAUUCCCAAAUUUGAAAAACCUCUGCUUUAGUUCAAGAUUGCUCCCCCACUCCCCACAACCAUUUAAGAGGUUUCAAUGUAUUAGCAAAAGGCAUUGUUCUUUUGAUCAUCUUUCUUCUUGCUGCCUGUCAUGGGAGUUGUAGUCCAACAAAUCUGAAUUACAUUAGCUUGGGGAAUGUUACUAUAGAGGAGAUCAUAUUUUUUUUAAAAUAAAAGAGCUCUUUAAUUUCCUUCCCUCUGUUCAUCAGAAGACGCAAGUUUAUUCCCAGCCUUGUUACAUUUCUAAAAUUAACACCAAUUUCUAGUCUGCAGUUUAUGGGAAUGAUUAGAACACCCCAAACUCUUGGAGGUCUGUUGCAAUUUUUAGUGGGGCUGAUAAAAAUUAAAAUGGCUACUCUUUAGAAAGAUCAUAUGUCUUUCAGUUUACUGAGGACUGUUUUUCCCCAAAAGGAAAUAAAAUAAUUGCUGUAGGAAGAAGCUUGAGGAAAUGUAGAUAUUUGGGGGUGAGGGAGGGAAGGGAAAGGAAAUGUAACUGUUUCAGGGGGAAAUAGCAAUGUGCUCAGGUGGGAAAAGAAAACUUGCUUGAGUAGAAGAAAUCUCUUUAUCAAGUACUAGAUGUUUUUCUGUCCUUCCGGUCUUAAUCUAAUAAUUGAGACAUGGCACUACAAAGCAUAUUCACAGUUGCCUAGUAUUUCCCCAAGAGGUAAGGUGAAUCUCUUGAAUGAACUGCCUCAUACUGCCGGAUCCUUUAUGUGCCAAGCAGAGUAAUUACUCAAUGCUGUUUUGAUUCCUUCAGGCAGGGGUCUCAAACUGGUGGCCUGCGGGCCGGAUGCAUCACAUGCUGGCUACGCCCAUCCCAGCUCCACGAAUGGGAAAAAAUGUCACAAAACGUCACGUGAUAGCAAUGUGAUGCGGUGAGUUUGACACCCAUGCUCUAAAGCAGGGGUCUCCAAUCUUGGCGACUUUAAACUUGGAGGACUUCAAUUCCCAGCAAAGCUGGCUGAGAAAUUCUGAGAGUUGAAGUCCAUCAGGCUUAAAGUUACCAAGGUUGAAGACCUCUGCUCUAAAAAAUGUGCAGCUUUAGGAGCACAGGGAUGUGUUUUGCUUAGGCUCUGCAUCUUGCUAGAGUGCUGCCAUAGGGACUCGGGAGGCUAAUGAAUACCAUGUACUCUGGGAGAGGAAUUCUAUAAGCUGCUGCACACUCUAUACCAGCGCAGUCAUUUACCAAUAACCUAGAUAGGCUAUUAAUUGGUGUCUGCCAAUUUUGUUGUCCAGCUCUUUCUUCCUGCUCAGGAGUGAAGGAAGACGAAUGUUAACCUCAAAAAACAAGUUGCAUGUGACUUUAAUUGCUGAAUUUUGCUCAGAAGUGGACUAUAGUAUAGUGUUGUAAGAACAGGAUGGGGGAGAAGGCAGAAAGAGCAACCAUAACAAUUCAGUGAUUAAUAAUUGGACAAAAUAAUAGGGUUCAAGCAUUUUUUUUAUUGUUAAAUAAUCGCCUGCAGGCAGUAUGUUAGCAAAAUGGGGGGGGGGGAUGAUAGUUUUCUGUGGGAGAAGGUUUUAUUUAAACAAAUCGCUUGGCCCACCCCAGUAAAAGCAAUAGCAUCUAUUAACUGCUGCUGGUUCACCCCAACUAGAAAUUUUAUGCCAUGAGUAAUUUUUGCACUAAGAUCUUUGCAUUUAUUUUUCUUGACUGAGAUGAAAUUGAAAGGAAGUGAAACUUGUCUGGAAGUUUCACUGAUUGCCACUCUUUAAAGUGCAAGGGACCAAAACCAUUUCAGAAUGUAAUUUGUUUUGUUCAAAUAAAAUUAUGCAGAGGCAGUGAGGUGAAAAGAGGACUAAUUUGCUGAAGGUUCAAGAAGAAAGUGAGACUUAGCUUUUAGGUAAAAACAAUGUACUGUUUUAAAAUAUUCAGUGUUUUAAAAUAUUCAGUAGCCGAACAAUGGAUGGGAUUGCAGCAAGGAGUUGGAUGAAUUGGAUGGCUUGGCAAUUCCAGGUAGCAGCAGACUGGAAAAUGGGUUUUGCAUAAACACAGAAGUGUGCUUCCUUUGCAGGAAUAUAGAGAUACACAAUUUUACCAACACUAUCUAUGGUAAUGUCUCUCCUGGAGAUAGUCUUUAGAGAGUAUGUGCAACAAUUUUUACCUGUAUCUUUGUCCAACCUGAAUAUAUUGUUUAUACAUGUGACUCACAGGAGGUUUUCAAGUCUGUAAUUCUGACAGAUACGGUCUUGUGUGUGUGGAACAUGGCAGUGUAUGCAAGCCAACCUGUGUGACAGUCAGGUGGACUGGAAUCUUCGUGUACCCGAGGAGUGCCUGUAUUUGUGUUGCCCUAAAGGGCAGCCAGGGGCACAUUUUUGAAGGAGCUUUAUUUCUUACUUCCUUUCCUCCAUGGAAAUAAGAAAUCCCGUUUUGACAAUGGAUGCCAUUGGGAGCUGUUGCUAUUCCCAUUCCUUUUCUGGGUGCUGGUAGCAGAAGGACAAAUUGUGCUUGUCACAUGGAUCGGGUGCCUUAAGGUGCUUUCCGAUGUGGUGCUGCUGGUCUUAAUUUAGGAGUUUGUUCCAGUAGAAAGAAAAUGUAAAGGAUCUUUUCUUGCAGUUCAUAUUUGGCUUUUACAUAGACCUCCUGAAAGGAAAACAAUCUAGCACUUCAGCCUGACCAGAUAGCCUCUGGACUUAAUGUGAAGGUCCAAUAGCUUUUUCUAAGAUAAUUUAUUUUCCUUCCCUUUAACUCACCGAUUUUGCAGGGAAGGGAAUUGGGGCAGGGGUGUGUUACCCAAGGACAGGAUCACUUUUAAAUUGUAGUUUUUAUAAGAUGCUAUAAACUUGUAUCUUUUUACCAUUA